AUGGAUGAAAUGCACACUCCGUAUUCUUCCCUGAAGAGACUGUUAUCUUUCUUCAAUGGCUUCGUGGCUAUGUCUGGUGUGAUCCCCAUUGGCCUGAGCAUCUAUGUCAAGUUCAGAGGGGCUGUCCUCAUAAGGGUCCUUGGGCUGGCCUCUGCAUAUCUCCUUCACAUUGGCUACCUGUGCCUGGCAAUGGGCUGCAUCACAGUGCUGCUCAGCUUUGCUGGGUGGUAUAGAGCAACCAAAGAAAGCAGAGGUACUCUCUUGUUUUGUUUCCUGUCCGCGGUUAUCAUCCUCAUCGCUGAAAUCAUAGUCACCGCAGUGGUCCUUGCCUUAUUCCACAUUGUUCAAGAAGUGGCCUUGGAACACAUCUUCAUGACCCGAGGUUACGAUGAGCCAGAUGACUAUUCCACAGAAUGGGACUUGGUCAUGGAGAAGGUGAAGAACUACACAGAUUUUUCUGGUUACUGCUACCCCAGGAGCGGCUGUAAAUCCAUCGGGACCGCAGCCUGCAAUGGGCGUGACGUGUCCACAGACAUCAUCCACCAGGGGGGCUGUUUCCCCAAGCUCUUGAAAAACUUCAACUUGAGUGGGGGCUUACUGGGGGCAGCAGUGAUACAGCUGCUAGGAAUUCUUGCCACUUUGCUGCUAUUCAUCAAAGGAGACAGACGGAGCUGGGGGGAGGACAGGACAUCUGAUCCACCUGGCUGCUGGUGA